AUGAUGAAACAAAAGCACACCCCCUAUGGCUUGCGUACUUUGAUCUCAAAGGCGAAGCUCAGCUCAAAUGGCUCUGCGUUCCCAUCUCCUUAUACCUCCCAGGCCUACCACUCGCGGUUUAGAUAUAUUGCUUCAUUACCCUUGUCCACGCUAACACCCGUAGAAUCCGUCCCUGAAUCAUUUACCACGACCACCUUCGCCAAACCUUCUCUUCCUCUCACUACCCAGGCCCCGCAGAGCCCAGCCCCAGGACCCGCAACCAAACCAACUAGCACACUCAACACCGCAAUCCGCCAGGCCGCAUCCAUAAAGACCCAGUAG